GACAUUUGACAAUUAAAAAUGUCAUUUAAAAAUAACCAAAACUAAGAUUUCUAAAUAUCUCUAGAUAAGAUGGCAAAUAAUUACACUGAUUUGAUCGUAUCAACAAAUCAUUUUGUUAACAACAAUUUUUUCAAUUUAUAAACAAAAACAAAACAGAAUCGACCUCGGAAAUAUAAAAACGUCAACAAAAAGUUAGUUUCGAGUAAUAAUUAAAAAAUGUUUGAUUAACAUAUUAAAAACUGGUGGGAGUACAAAAUAGAUAAUAAAUUGAUAAACGACAAUUUGUUCAAUUCUUAUUAUCAUUAAUAAGUGAAUCUCAUAUUACCGAAAUGAAACCCAACAAUUCUGGAAGCAAUAUGGACAAGCAGGUUAGUAGAAAUGAAGAAAUAAUACCACCAGUUCUUGCCGACGAGGAAACUAAACUCACUAUAAGGAAAAAAGUUUGGGAGUGUUUUUCCAACCAUCGUUUGAUUACUUUUCCGAAACCUCAUGGUAGGAUACCAAAUUUCAUUGGUAUAGAAGAUACUACCAUGAAUUUAACGAAAUUACCAGAGUUUAUUGGGGCCAAAUCAGUCGCGGUUUUUAUAGACAAAGCCCUGACGUCCGCUAGGGAAUUAGUACUUGAAAAUUCCAAAGAUUUAUAUGUCCCAUUUCCGAGAUUUCAAAGAUGUUUAAUGAAAAAAAUUGUGGUAAAUGAAUCUGAUGAUUUUAAGACUUUGGUAUCCCGUGGGGACAUUCAUCGAGGGGAAAACGUCGGUAUUUCCGAUGGGGUGACUGUAGAUAUGCUGAUAGUGGGUAGCGUGGCUGUGUCUAAAGAAGGUUACCGGAUCGGUAGAGGAAGAGGUUUCGAGGAUUUGGAAUACGGGUUGUUCAAAGAAUAUAAAGCUGUUAAUGAUGAUACCGUCAUCGUUACCAUCGUGCACGAUCUGCAGGUGUUCGAUUCGCUACCUCGAGACUUGUUCGAAAAAUACGACACGCCCGUCGACGUCAUCAUAACCCCGACUCGUACAAUAAUCGUCGAAAAUAAAUUACCGAAACCCCCCGGUAUUUUUUGGAACGAAUUGAAUGUGGGUCAAGUGAAAAGUCGAAAAUUGUUACAAAUAUUGUACGCCGAACACAAAAAAUCCCAAAAUCGAGAUACGACGCUGUCUAAAGAAAAUGGAAAAGGUCAUCGACCUUUCUAUUGGAGGCGUUACUCGAAAAAAGAAACGAAAAACCCCGUCGAGGAUCCGGACGCGAACCGCAUCGACCAAAACGACAAGGAAAACCAAAAGAAGAAGAGGAGGGGAAGCGGCGCGAAAAGGAAUAAAGGAGAAGACGAUACUCCGCGUACCGAAGAAUCUUAUCGCACCGACGAAACGGAUCGUUCGAAACGCAACGAAAAGAGAAGAAGAAAUUUCCGUAUCGAUUAUUCGUUGAAAGUGACGAAUAUAAAUAAAAAAAUGAGGACGAGGGAUUUCGUGAAGGCUCUAAAAGAGAGAAACAUCAAACCUAGAUGCAUAACUUGGAAGGGCAAGAGGGGCGUUUGUUAUUUGCAUUACGUUAAAAAGGAUCGCAAAAAGGACGAGGACGUUUCGGAUGCCAUUAACGACGUCAUCGAAAUUAUUCAAGAUUUGAAAUUGGAUCCCGAUGAACCGGAUAAAAAUUUGAACGUUAAAGUCGUCGAGCCGAUUACUAGAAUUGAAACUGUCGACGUUACCGCCGUUUGAUAGUGGAAUCGAUGAUCCGAAGGUUGAUGGUAAAAUCAUCGAUCUGCACGAUUUUUCCUUGCCAUUUUGAGAAUGUUUUCGUUUUUAUUUCGGAGUUUAUAGAAUUUAUAUUGUUCAGUAUUAACUAAAUAUCUCGAUUAGGGUUAUUAAAAAAAAAAAAAAAAAUACAAAAUUCUUCCAAUUCGUUCCAAAUAUUGAAUUCCUCAAUAACCCCAAUUGAUUUAAGGAUAUUUUAUAUAAUAAAUAGAUAUUUUGUUAUAAG